GUAUUUUAUGUUUUAACGACCCACAAGUCCAAGUCAUUGCACUCUAUAUAACGAAGGAAGGAGUGUUUAAGUUAUUAGUAUAGAUCUCGAUCGGAGAAAACAUAAUGAAGAACCUAAUAAGCAGCAACUGUUUCCGUUUCAUUACCCUUGUGCUACUCUUUCUGGUCUGUGUAGUCGACGCCCAUGGAGAUACAAUAACCUGCUACACCAGGAAAAGUCCGUGCUUCCUCAAGCAACUCAAGUGCCCCGCCGAGUGCCCCUCCAAGCAACCCACCAGCUCCUACGCUAAAGUCUGUUACCUCAACUGUAACUCACCCAUAUGCAAGCCCGAAUGCAAGAAUAAGAAGCCUAACUGCAACGGCCCCGGGGCUGCCUGCCUGGACCCCCGCUUUAUAGGCGCAGACGGGACUGUCUUCUACUUCCACGGCCAGAGCAACCACCACUUCACCUUAGUGUCAGAUCCCAAUCUUCACAUCAACGCCCGCUUCAUCGGCCUACGCCCCGUCGGCAGGCAGCGCGACUUCACAUGGAUUCAAGCCCUCGGAGUCCUCUUCGACGCCCACACUUUCUCCGUCGAGGCAACUAAAGCUCGAAAAUGGGAUCAAGAAACCGACCACCUGAAGUUCUCCUACAACGGCCAAGAAUUAACCGUUCCGUCCAUCUGGGAAUCCCCGGAGAACAAAAUCAAGGUGGAAAGAACGUCGGAGAAGAACAGCGUCGUCAUCAGUUUACCUGAAGUGGCUGAGAUCUCAAUCAACGUUGUGCCCGUGACGAAGGAGGAUGACAGGAUUCACAACUAUCGCAUACCUUCCGAUGAUUGUUUUGCUCACUUGGAAGUGCAGUUUAGGUUCUAUGGCCUGUCUGGAAACGUGGAGGGUGUGCUUGGGAGAACUUAUCAGGCGGACUUUGUGAACCCUGCGAAGCUGGGCGUGGCGAUGCCGGUCGUGGGAGGUGAAGAUAAGUACAGAACGUCGUCGCUUUUGGCUACGGAUUGUGCGCGCUGUAUGUUCUCUCGGGGUGCAGUUUUGAGUGAAGGAAAUAGCGUGUCAGUUGAGUCUGUGUAAAACAGACGAGACUGAGCGAUUGGGAGAAAAGAAUGAAGUGCUCAGGCAGCGCAACUUGUGGCCAAAUAUGUGAUUUUGUGAGAAAUUUAUAAAUGGUUGUAGAAGCAUGUUAUCCACCUACCAUCUACUUUUUAAGUUUUCUACUUGAUUGAAUUUUUCUUUUUCAAGAAAGUGAUAAUUGUGGAAUGUAUAAACAAAAAUAUGAAUCGGAGGAAAUAGUUCAUUCGAAAUUUAAGUAUAAAUUUUAUUUCAA